AUGCCUGCGCCUACGUACGUCAUCUCCAGGAUCGCCGACCCCAUAUUUGCCGUCGUCGUCGGCUUGUCAGCUGCCGCCACGCGCAUCACCCGAGAGGAAAAGGACAAGGGCAAGACGACCAGCGAGACUAUCCACACUGGGCUGCGCAAACCUGUCGAGACAUCUUAG